GACAUGGUUUAUUUUUUUUUAAAUAUUGGACAAACAAUUUAACAAUCUCACGAAUUCUUAAAUACACUUUACCGAAAAAAGUCUUCAUGACACGAACUCGUAUGCGAUUGGUUCUAGCUGUUUGCUGAAUAGCCAGAUACCGCACAAGCAGGAGGAAAAACGAAAUCUUCCUCAGUCGUGCUCUACGUUGCAGUAGUAAAUGGUCUACAACGAUAUUUGUAUCGUCGGAAUAGCAGAGGAUACUCCAACCAGAGGAGCCUGAUUCGAUAACGUUUAAAAAACCAAACAUUGGAGGUUUUCUGCACACAAUUUACGUCCACCAAAUCUACGUUCACGAAAUCUACAUACAUCCACCAAAUCUACGAGGUUCACCAUGGUGAUUCAUCUAAACAGGAUCGCUGUUCUCUACGCAGCUUUCUCGUUCACUGCCCUGGGUUCGAGCGCUGCACCUGGUCCGACUGACGACAAUUCCGUAGUCCCGAAGGAAUUAGAGUGCAAUAAAGGUGCGCGCCUCGUCCUCUACGAUGGAACCGAAGUGUCCUGGGAGACUAAAAUCGCAAAUGUAAAGAAGGUUUCACUCUCCAUCGACGGCGAUGGUUCCUUCACUCUCUCCAACAAAGAAACCAAUGAAGAGAAGUCUUCAGAACUCAAAGCAGACAGUUAUCAUGGAAAAAUGGUCCGACAGGAAGGUGACGAUUCCCCCAAAACAACGGUCUGGCUUGUAGGAGCGGACGGAAAGAGACGAUUGAUAGAAAACCGUGAAACUUUCCAGUGUCUAAAAGGUGUCGGGCUAGAAGAUCCAAUCUCGGUCAGCAGCAACAUUCUUGAUCAACUCCCGAACAUUGAAGGUGCGUUUGCCACAUGCGGAACCAACAUCCUGAGACCUAACGAGGCUUUGCAGCAAGGAAGCUACCUUAAAGCUGGUGACUACAAGCUCCUUCUAACCAAUAGCGACCUCAUCCACACUAAGAACGGAAAUCAAAUCUGGGCCCCCAACGCAGGAGGAGCUCAACUUAUACUUCAAACCGAUGGAAAUCUCGUCACAUAUGACUCAACAUAUAAGGCAACUUGGUCAUCCCAAACAUACCUUAGAUCAACAGGUAUGCUGGUUCUCGGAGACGACGGCUCACUGCGUCUCUUUGAUGCCAAAAAAAUUCGAGUAUGGCAACCAUAAUAACAAAACGAUCCUGCUCUCCGGGAGGUUUUCUGCAGUUUUCCCCUCCCUUGGAUAAAUGUCUGAGUAAAUUCGAGGGCUUUGGAUAGAAAUCCGGCUGCAGACGGUAUAGACGUUAGGGUUCAAUAGAUUGAUUACGUCAAGCUCUACUUAAUUUAUUGAAAAUAGAGAAAUUAGACGUUCGUGCCAAAAUGUCGAAAUUGUGACCUGAUAGAAUCUUCGACAUAGGCUUAAAUGAAAACCUAAACCUACUUCUUUAAAGACAACCUGAUACAAAUAGAAGGUGUAAACUGGAAGAUUCUACCAUAUUAUACUAGUUUUUAAAGACUUACUAAAAGCGCCAAAAAUAUAAACAUAGCUAUAUAUAAGUGAAAUUGUAUUAAUUACUGAGCCUGUAUACGCUUAUGUAUUUGAAUAAAAUUAAAGCAUAAUUGCAUUGUGCGAAAAGGUUUGAAAACUAAAAAGUACCCCACAAAUUCGAAACGACUUCAUAAUCUCUGUUUCUUUAGUCUAUCAGAAUUCGAAAUUCAAAGAGAGUAUCAAAUUUGUAUAUUUAUUUAUGUUGAAGAAAAGUGUUGCAUUUUAAGUAAAAAAGGUGGAAUUAUUACCAAAAGAAAUUAAUUUACAAAUCUACAAGGAUAAUUUUUAACAACAGUGGAAUGUUUAGCCAA